ACAACUCACACUCCUUAAUUUACUACAAUCAUCAAAAGCUUAUUUAGCAUUUUCACAAUAUGGCUUCAAAGAACAUGACAACAAUCAUGGCUCUCUUCCUCACCUUCAACCUCGUCUUCUUGGGCUUCACCUCAGCCCAACCUGUGUGUCCUCUUAACCAGUCUGAAUUGGGGAUUUGCGUCAACGUACUUGGUCUCAUCUCCAUAACCACCAGCAACGCGGCCCAAUGUUGUUCUAUCUUAGCUGGUCUUAAUAAUGUUUCUCUUGUGUCUGUAUGUGCAUGCGAGGCCGUAAGACUCAAUAUUCUUAAUCUUCUCGGUAUCACCGUCAACCUCAAUUUGAGGCUUAAUGGGCUCCUUGGUCUCUGUCGUUUGCCGGUACAACCUGGCUUCAACUGCCUUUUAUAAGUAAACAACAUGCAGAAUCUUUAUAUGUAUUAGGAUCACUUAAAUAAGCAAACACGUUCCGUAGUAUCGGUUCAUGGUGCAACUAUGUGGUUUUUAAAGUAAUCAUGUCUUUAUCUUAUGUUUGAAAUAAAUAAAACUUGGAUGUUGUUUCACUACCUCUUCGGCUGUUCCAGUACUAUGUUCUUCAAGUUUUGCUGAACUAAAUGCCCACCACACAAAAGAAC